UUUUACUCUCUUAGUACUAUUAUACAAUGAAAUGAAUAGUCAUUUAAAUCAAGCAGUUUAGACUACAUUCCUUCUCGUCAAGUCUACUUUUUCUAGUGUUAAAUAAUUUAACCAAAAGAUUGGUUCAAUAUUGUUAUUUGUGCAAGAAUAUUAAUAUAAAUGUCUAUAUUUAAAAGGUAUAUCAUUAAAACUGUAGUGGCUAUUGUAAAGAAGUAUACAAAAUUAGUGACAUAUUUGGAAAACAAAUGGGAAGGUAAACAUGCUUCAUCAUUUCAUAAUUAUAAAUUAUUUAAAAGUGGUGUCCACUCGACGUUGAUAGAUUUGGGUGACCUCAGUCAGUUAUGGAUAGAUAUUACUUGUCGUUCUCAGUCAAUCAUAGAAAUCCUACCGACUCUUAGUAGACAUCAGGUGUAUGUCCUACGUCAGGUGCCUAAAGAUUUGGUGAGGAUUUUGCCUGUAAUGCUUCUUGCUCCAUUACCAGGAACAAUACUAAUUUUACCAAUCUUUUUUGCUUUUCCUCGUAUUUUUCUGUCACGAGCAUUUUGGACACCAGAACAAUGUAAAUCUAUCGAUGCAAAAUGUUUGAAAGACCGAUUUGACUAUAAUACUCAAUCUUUAUUAAAGUCUAAGCUCUUGACAAUAAUUUAUUCGUCCCCAUGUUCUAUGAAUUAUUCUCAACCUAUUUUGAAGUCUUUAAGAAAGUUAGCUAGUGCGUUAAGUCAGGUUUCAAUAUUAGAACCAAUUUCAAUCGAACAAAUUCGUGAUUUAGUACCUGCUUUCAAGGGUCCAUUAUCUUUAGAACAAUUGGAUACAAGUCAUUUAGCGGCUUUAUGUCGAUUACACGGUCUCUCUAUAUAUUCAUAUAUUUGGAUGAUGAAUACAUUAUUAUGGAGUGAUUUAUUCAAGAGAAAAUCCAUUCUAAAAACAUCUCGUAUACUUGUAUUAAAGAAACAUUCAUAUUUCUUAUAUGUUGAAGAUCAAUGUAUGCAAAAAGAUAAGUUAUUCAAUGAUAAUUCUUUAUCGAUUUUACAAAAUUCUGAAUUGAAACAACUUUGUUUACUACGAGGAAUUAAUCCGUACUUAUUAAAUCAUAAAGAUUUGGAGGAAAAAUUACAGUAUUGGAUUUCAGCGUCAACCGUUGCUUCAGAAACGGACUUCAGUUUUCGUUUACAUCUUCCCUUAUUAUUGUGUUUCAAUAAUAUUGAUAUUAAUAAUAAUAAUAGUAUUGAUAAAUAUUAAUUCACAGUUGGUAUACUAAACAGAUCAAUUGUAGAUCUUUUUAUAUUUUUAUAUGACUUAUUAUUAUUAAUAAAGUCAUAUUAUACCUAUUGUGCUGUUAA